AUGAUAGGACGGAAGGAUGGACGAGAAAAAAUUGCAAUAAUGAUUUAUGGUGGGUGAAAAAUGUUUUGUGUAACCGAACUCCAAAAAAAUUACUGGUUUGAUUGAUCGAAUUGAUAAACAAAAUACCGUUUUUUUUUUUGAGUUUUUUUUUUUCGGUCGAAACCGGAAUUCCGUGUGACCUUUUCGAGACGUAUUUCGGUCAUGGGAUGAAAAAUUAGAGACCACCAAGGAACAUUUUGAUUAUGAAGGAAGAACUGUUCAAAAAAAAUAAUAACAUUUUCAAACCUCUCCUUUUAUCAGAAGAUUUAUGAUAGUCGGAAAAUCUGUGUUUUGAAAGUGUGAAACCAAAAAUUGAUUAUUCUUCAUAGUAAACGGAAAAAAUGAAUUUUUUUUUUGAUAAAAACUGUUUGUGAAAAGAUAGAAUUUCAGAAAAAUUUAAUUGGAAACAAAAAAAAAACCCAAUAAUAUUGUUUUUCAAAAUCAACUUCUGUACCUAAUAAAAAAUUUGAAAAAAUUGUAUUCCAUAAAGUAAAAUCCGUCUCAAAUCGCUUAAUUUUCAUGUUGUCUCUAAUCAAAUUUUUUCAUUUAUAUAUUCUAUUUUCAAUGAAAAAUAUUAUUUAUAUUAAUAUUCACAUACUCAUGUGCAUUUCUACCCCAUUAUCUCAAACGCAAAAUCAAAUAUUCCUAUCCACAAAGAUAAACCUCUGUCCUUGACACCUUCUCUUAUUAUCAAAGGGUCUUUUUUCUCUACGCAUCUGCGCAAAUACACUCUCUCGCACCCACCCACCAAAAGAGACACCAACUCAACUCAAUCAAUGUGCAAGGGGGCAUUUGACCUGUGUCUCACAUUCUAAUUGCACCCGUCUCACCCUUCUUUUUUUGUCUUGCGAGAGAGAAUAUGGUGUUCUUAUAUUAUAUUUGGCGUCCUCAUUUUUCCUAUUUGAGCGUUUUCUGAAGUAUAAGUAUUUUUUUCUCUCGAAAACUUCUAAAAAUAUCUCAAGAAAACCUUAUCAUCGGUUUCACUGUUAUUUUUUCCCGAAAUUUCCGGCGUAGGUCAAAAAUUGUUAUCUUCCAAUUUCGGUCUCACUUAAAAUUGUGGCAGGUCUCUGAAAAAUCGCGAGACAAACAUGUUUUUUGAUGUUUUAUCGAAUUUUGUAGAAUUUAUUUUCAGAAUUAAUUGUGAGAAUUAUAGGUGGAAAUUAAUAAGAAAAAUUAGGCUACAAAAACUAUAAAAUACAAAAUAUCGAAAAUUUGGAAUAUUUCGUAAUACACUCGACAAAAAAUCAUUCAAAAUUUUCAAAGCUUUGAAGAUUAUCAGUAGCCUAAUUUUUGGCACAAAUUUCAAUUUAAAAAAUUUGAUACAGAACUGGAAAUUGUGGGUCUAAAACCAUGCUUCUUCUGUUAAUCGACCUCAUUUUUUUGAUCAUAAAAUGUUUUUUUUUCAAAAUAUUUUAGAGUUUUCAAUAAUUUUACAACUUUAAAGUCGUCAAAAAUAAUAACUCUGAAUCCACGUUUGUCAAUCGAUUUUCUAAUUUUAUUUUAUUCACCUAUAAAAUAUCACCUCACUAUUUUUUUCAGAUUUAUCAAGCUUGGCCUCAUUUGCAUUUGCAAAAGUUCAACAGCUCACGCUCAAAAUGGAUUUAGCUCUUUUCGACGACGAACGUGUGGAAAGUGUCGAAGACUUCAUUCGCCGUGAAAACGCUGAUGAUUACAAAUUAGUGAACGAUGGAAUCAACUAUAUUGAUACGAUGCCAAUCAAGAUUAUCGACAAAAUUUUCGAAUAUCUUACAACGAAAGAGAUAUUCGACAUGCAAUAUGUUUCGCCUUCAUUACGCGAUUUUUCAAUACCAUAUUGCAGAACACAGUGAGUUAUUUUUUUCAAAAAAAAAUGAAAAAAAACAACGUUCAGCAAGUUUGAUGAAGACGAUGUGACGAUAAUCAAUGACAAAUAUCAUGUGGUUCCAUACGAGAGUUUGAUGUCAAUUGUGAUGCCAGAGAUCUGUGUUUCUGAGCCUUUCCUAUUUGUGGUAAGUUUAAAGAGUUGAGUCGAUUCUUUAGAGAAGGCUUCUGAUCUUUAGACUUUUUGUCUCAAAAAAUCAAUAAAUUUUUAGUUUCCUAUGGAAGGAGAAUUACAAACACGAUGGAUGAGUCCAGAACAAGUCACCUAUGAAUCAUCAACCAUCCUACAAAAUCUCACCCAUCCUGCUGGAUUUUUCAAAAAUGUUUCGAAAUUCACUGUCUGGGACAUUGCACUAAAUGAUGUGAUAGAAUAUAUAAAACUGAUGCCAAAGUUAGAAGAACUUACGAUUGUCAAAGUGCCGAUGAGCGAAGAAAAGUUUUGUGAGAUUGUGGAUGCUAUUCAGCUGAAUGAUCAAGUCGAGUUUCUGCUAUCGUAAGUUUUUUAUAUUGUUUGAACUUGAAAUUGAUUUGUUUGGUUCAGAAUCGAUGGAAGUGUUGAAUAUUCCGAUCGGUUAACCGAACAUUUUCUCGAAAAGACAAACAAUCUUCAAACGAGAUGCAUAAAACUGACUGACGAUGAUCGAACAAUUGCAAGUAACAAAGUCGAAACUUUUCAAGAAUAUUUCAAAAGUCAAAUUGAUGCGCGACCAAGAAGAGAGAACGAGAAAGUUAGUUUUUUUGAAAAUUUUGCAAAUUUGAAUUUCUGGAAUUUUAGAGUUGUAUGUCAUAUGGAAGCAUUGGAACUGAACAUCAUGGAUUUUUCCGGCAGAUGUCGAAGCGUUAUUGGCCGGAUGAAUCUUGGAGAUGGCGUUAA